AUUGCGUCUCUGGAAACCAUUAUUCCUCCUCUUCUUACAACAUACAAACCAGAGAAUAGAGGUUUAACGCUUAAUUCGAAGUACAGAUAUCAACAAGAUCAUAAAAAUGCUUUGGUGGAUUAUAAGGAGUUAUUAAAUGCAGUAGAAUUGAGUAGUUCA